UGUGCCUAUUGAUGAAUAUUAUCUGCAAAAAGAAAAAAAAAACACUUCUUCAAAGCCAAAAGGAAAAGGAUUUGGCAUUAAACAUGGAACAUAUGUCCUGGUUUACCUAAUUACCUUGCUCCAUUACUGAAGAAGGCAUACUGAUAAAUCAAAAGAAGAGACCAGCUGGAACAAAAUUUGGGGUUGAUGAGCAGAAGCAUACACUGCCUGUUUGAUGUGCCACCCAUGUUAGCUCAGGUUGCACAUAGCCUGGAUUUAGGGGCAUCAAGGGCAGAAUAUGUACUAUUCAAGAGAAGCUCAGGGAUAUCAAUAUAUGAUUGCUGGGUGCACCGUGCACGUAGGUUGUGAUGCUGGCUCAAGGAUCUAAAUUCCUGCUAUCCUUUUUUGGGGGUGUGAAUAAUAUUUCUUAUUGGUACUAUUUCUUGGUAGUAGGGACAAUUCCACUGUCUCAAAAUCGUGGUAAAUAUUAAGCAGUAAAACGAUUUUAACUUUUUCUAUAUCUUGAUUUUCAGGUCAUGCUAGAUUGAGCCUAUUACUGUUUCUACCCUGAAGCGCUAAUGUUUGCAGGCCUGAAGUGUCUCGUAUUCAGCUUGGAGGUGUUGGUGAAUUACUUAAAGCGACGAAUGCAGAAAUCUGCACGGAAGCGAUGCAUCCCAUUUUUGCCAUUUGGUUAAGUAGGUUUUGGUUAUUCUUAUACGUUGAGAGGAUACUUAUCAUGGGUUUGGUGGAUUAGACGUGGUAUAAUCCAGUUCUCAUUUUGGUUUUCCUUUUUGUUUGCUAGCUGACCUUAAUUACUUGGUGCCAUUUCCUGCUUUGAUUUUUAGGUGUUACUGUAAAUGAAGAGAUGAUUUAUUAUAUAUACUACAGAAUAUAGUUCACGCGUAUUACAAAGAAAACCGGUGUUUUGUUUCUGUUGGGCACUUUAGUUAGCAAAAGAGUAAAAUAGCCUUUCCAACUGGGGCUCUUCCCAUCCAUUUGUUUGUGAUCAUAAUUUUCCGAACCAUAUGUUUCAUUUUUUCUUCUAAGCUUAUCUUAGUUAAAACAUUCAACACACUUUCAGUUUCAGUUUUCAGUCUUUGAGCAAGGUUGCUUCAGAAUUAUCAGGCAUAUACAUGGAAAUGAAAUGAUUCCAUUCUCUGUUCAGUUUAUUUUCCUUGUAGGCUUAGAUUGAUCAUACAGCGAGUUAAAUGAAUAUAACUUCAAACAAGGCUCGAGUAAAAACUACGGAGGAAAAUGCAGUCAAUAGUGACUUGUGAUUGUGAUCUGCAUCGAGGAUUAAAAAGAUUUGUCUCGUACCACAUGAAGUCCUUCAGUAGAUUUGUAUACUUGUUCAAAAGAUUGUAAGAGCGAUGCAUCAACUUGUUUAGUUGCAGAGGUUGAAUUCGAAUCUUCAUACCCCACUGGACCGGGGCCCACACGUCAGUGACCCAUCUCAAGACUCAAAUUAAAUUGGUCACGUCUCGUUCGUCCUCAUCUCGCUCGCGUCUCGUCGGCAUGACGACUCCGCCGGCGGCGAAGCGCCGCCGCCGCUGCUGUUCGCUGCCGCCGGAGCUGAACGACGACGUCAUCGGCGAGAUCCUCCUCCGCCUCCCACCUGGCGACCCCGCGCUGCUCGUCCGCUGCUCCCUCGUCUGCAAGCCAUGGCGGCGGCUCCUCUCCUCCGACCCCGUCUUCCUCCGCCGCCACCGCGAGCUCCACCUCCGCCGCCGGACGCCUCGCCCCCUCCUCGGCUUCCUCUUCAACCAGCUCGGGGAAGACCCCGGCGUCGCCUGGUUCGCCCCCACCUCGUCCCUCCGCCGCCUCCCCCACCCCCACCACUGCGACUGGUACGCGCUCGACGCCCGCCACGGCCUCGUCCUCUUCAGCACCAUGCUCUCGCGCGACGCGGCGGAGCACGAGCUCGUCGUCUGGGACCCCAUGACGGGGCGCCGGUGGCGGCUCGACUUCCCGGGCUACCUCGAGGACUUCAACUGGUCCGCGUCGGUGCUCUGCGCCGCCGACGGCUGCGACCACCGCCACUGCCACGGCGCCCCCUUCCUCGUCGCGGUCGUGUCCACCGGCCGCUACUGCAACACCUCCGCGGCCAUCUACUCCUCGGAGACCGGCGCCUGGGGCGACGCGAUCGCGCUCGAGCGCGAGCACCCCGAUCCCGAUGAUGCCGUCAAGGUCGGGAAGCCCGGCGUCCAAGUGGGGAACGCGAUCUACUUCCCCUGCGUCCGGAGCGCCCAAAUCCUCGAGUGCGACAUGAGCGGCCACACGCUGGCGAUGUUCGACUCGCCGGCGGCCGGCCGGGGAUGGCCGGACAACGGCCUCCUCAUGACGGCGGAGAGCGGCGGCGGCGGCGGGCUGGGGUUCGCUUUCGUGCGGCGGUCCAUGCUCCACCUCUGGUCGAGGGAGCCCACCGGCGACGGCGCCAUGGCAUGGUCGCCGCUCCGAGGCAUCAACCUGGAGCCGCUGCUCACCGUGCUGAUCCGGAGACCACCUGAGCACCACUCCGUCACGCCUAAUCUGGUCGGCUUCGCCGACGGCGUCGGCGUCAUCUUCGCCGAGAUCGAUGGCGACGUCUUCACCAUUGAGGUGAGCUCUCGACGAGGCAAGAAGGUGUACAGGAGGGAAGACAUCCACACCAUCUUCCCUUACACGAGCUUCUACACUCCUCGCGGUGGUAUCAACUUUGAUCCAUUGCCAUGAACUCACUCGCGCUGCUGCUGCUGCUGUUAGCUUUGUUGUGGAUUUGACGUUAGUGAUUUCUUUCAGUUUGGAAGCCCAGGAACAGUAUUGUUUGCUCUGGUUUCAGUGGUUAGUUUAAGCCAUAAAAAGAGUUAAGUAGCGAUGGCCUAUUUUGUAACCUCUGUGUCUAGUUGGGCAGUUUUAACCAGGAAAAGAGUUGACUGCUCAUGAUCACUUCACUAUGUGAUUGUAUCAACUCAUCUACCUAUUUCUUUUUCGUUUUUCAUUUCCUCGCUGCCUAAAGCAUACUCUCGAAGAUACAAUACCUCUAUUUUUUUUAUAAUGCUACGCCGUUAAAUUUUUCUUUACAA